GAAAGGAACCGGCUGGAGAGUAGGUCAACAGCAAGUGCCCAGGGGCCUCUAGCGUCAAGGCUCUAUAAAGUAUGAAGAGAGCCCCCCUAUAGUGAAGGAAACAUGGCAGAUAAGAGGAAGCUACAAGGUGAGAUCGAUCGGUGUCUCAAAAAGGUAUCGGAAGGUGUGGAGCAGUUUGAAGAUAUCUGGCAGAAGCUCCAUAAUGCAGCGAAUGCCAAUCAGAAGGAGAAAUAUGAAGCCGAUCUGAAAAAGGAGAUUAAGAAGCUCCAGAGAUUGAGGGACCAGAUCAAGACAUGGGUUGCAUCCAAUGAGAUUAAAGACAAAAGGCAGCUAAUAGACAACCGGAAACUCAUUGAGACGCAAAUGGAGCGGUUCAAGGUAGUGGAACGUGAGACCAAGACAAAAGCCUACUCCAAAGAGGGGCUGGGCCUGGCCCAGAAAGUGGACCCAGCCCAGAAGGAGAAAGAGGAAGUUGGGCAGUGGCUGACG